AUGUCUUCAAAGAUUGUAUACUUCUUGGCAGCGUUGCUGGCGAUCCUUUGCUUGCUGCAACAAUUUGAGAGCAGUGCAGCCGCUAACGCACAGCUUAGACGCGCCUUUUCGCGUGAAACGCUUGCAGCACGUAAGCAACUGCAACAGAAUACCCACAUCAAUCGAUUGAAUAAGAAUCAAUACAACAACCAAGAUAAUGAGGACGAUGCUGAUGAUGACAGUGAUGAUGAUGCUGCGGUAGAUGGUGGCGAUGAUGAUAAUGAAGAUGACACUGCCAAUUCGGCUUUAAGGAACGUGAACGCGGGGAAUGUCGCACAAGCACAUGAACAAACCGAAGUCGAGGCGACUGAAGGUGAAGGCGCCGAUGAUGGCGGACGCGCACGUCGCCGUAGAAGAGGUCGUGGUAGAGGUCGUCGUCGUCGCGGCCGUGGUCGUGGCAGACGCCGUGGUCGUAAAGGUGGACGUAAAGUACGCAGAUCGAGACGCGGUUAG